CUUUCUAUCAUUUGGCGUUUGAGAUAUAUAGUUGUAGAGCAGACAUUGUCCAUCUCGAUCCCUUCACCCGUCAUUCGUGAUCGCACACAACUCAUUCUGCCACCUACCCAUCAAGCCCAAGAUCUACCAUAUGGCCCACUCAUCUCGAGGCUUAGUGUCUGAGAUAGAUGGGUAGAGCGGAGCACCAGCGCUUCAGUGCGACCACAAUCCACCACCUCUCAGCUUGCACCCAACCGACGACAUGACCUACGACGUACGGCCUCCCAGCGUCCUGGAUCACCCACCUUCUUCCAAUCACGCUCCCGUUCUACGAGCCGCUUGCAAUCCUCGCUUCCUCGCAAUGACACGAUAUCAGCCGCCGUCCAAGCCCUCCACUGGCAUGCACACUCCCAAACUCGGGCCACGCCUCUCGCAGGAUCCCAUCAAUCUAAUCUACGCCGCGGCCCACAACCUCCAUGCGGAAGCUCCCACGUCUCGUGCCUCAUCCCACGAUGAUCUCUCGAUCCCGAUCCCGAUCCCCCACCGCUUCCGCAUCCUCUCCCCCAACACAACACUUCGACACUGCAUGCUCCGCACCUCGAAACGCGUUCAGAGAUACAAGUCCCGUGUGAACAAAGAGGUGCUAAAGAUGGCCCAAGGAUACGGGAGACGGUGGUACCUAGGAGGUACCACCACCGCGGUGCACAUCCGACGAUCUCUGUCGUCAUACCGCAGAUCCCCAUUUCGCACCUCUCACCCGCUGCAACCAGCGGCCCUCGCUUCCGCGCGCAGUGGGUGCGCAGCUGCAUGACGUCCGCUGUGUCCCGCGCUCGUCCUCACGAUAUAUAAGCAGUGCAAGCCUCGCGUCCUCGGGCACGUGUCUACGCUUUCGACAUUGUGGAAAACUUUGCUUGGCG